AAAAAGGGAGACCGAGAGAGGAGAGGGAGGGAAAAAAAAAGGAGAAAACUGUAAGUGCGUAAAAAAGUUCUCGCCGUGGUGACGGAUGCUCAAAAGUUCAGGAGUUUUUCCGAUGCUUCCCAAAGCAGCCUGCGACUGAAAAAGAGACUGAAAAAAAGCGAGAGAGAGAGAGAGAGGGAAACUUUGCACUGGGAGAUCGGGAAGGUGGAUUUUUUUCUUCUUCUGCUCGCUUAAAAAAGCCAACAAAACACAUCCCUCUACUUUUGUCCCUCCUUUGCAGACAACUUGUUGCAGAUCCCCGUGGAACAAGGAACUGGGAGCGUGGGAGCCUCUUUGCAAAGGUUUUAUUUUCUUAAUACUCUUUCUGCGUUUGGAAGUUGCUUUCUCCGCUGCGAUUACUUUUUUUUUUUUUUCUCCGCCGUUUUCUUUUUAAAACAUUUUCCCCCUUUUUUGUCCCCCUCCUUUUUCCCCCCCUUUUUGAUUUUUUUUUCCCCCUCCGCGUGGAGCGCGGGAGCUCGCCGGUGGGCUUUCCCGGGCGAAGAAGAGGAGGCUUUCGGCGCUGCCGUCGUUAUUCUUCCUCCCUUUUUCCGCGCUCCGCCGGGGGGGUGGGGGGGUGGGGGUUGCCCGGCCGCCCGGUCCAGCUCGGUCCGCGGAGCGGCGGAGGGGUGGAGGGGGAAGGGACGCGCUGUUUGGUCCGGCGGGGAGGGUGGGGGAAAGCUGACGGGAGGACAUGCAGGCUCGCUACUCCGUGUCCAGUCCCAACUCCCUAGGAGUGGUGCCGUACCUCGGCGGAGAGCAGAGCUACUACCGUGCCGCUGCGGCGGCGGCCGGCGGGGGCUACACGGCCAUGCCGGCCCCGAUGAGCAUGUACUCCCACCCGGCCCACGAGCAGUACCCAGCCGGCAUGGCCCGAGCCUACGGGCCCUACACGCCACCACCGCAGCCCAAGGAUAUGGUGAAGCCGCCUUACAGCUACAUCGCCCUCAUCACCAUGGCCAUCCAGAACGCUCCCGAUAAGAAGAUCACCUUGAACGGGAUCUACCAGUUCAUCAUGGAGCGGUUCCCUUUCUACCGGGACAACAAGCAGGGCUGGCAGAACAGCAUCCGCCACAACCUCUCCCUCAACGAGUGCUUCGUCAAGGUGCCCCGCGACGACAAGAAGCCCGGCAAGGGCAGCUACUGGACCCUCGACCCCGACUCCUACAACAUGUUCGAGAACGGCAGCUUCCUCCGCCGCCGCCGCCGCUUCAAAAAGAAGGACGCCGUCAAGGACAAGGAGGAGAAGGACCGCCUGCACCUCAAGGACCAUGCCCCGCCGCGCCCGCCGCCGCCCGCCGCCGCCGCCGAGCCCGAGGGCGGCCCCGCCGGGGGCAGCGCCGCGCCGCCGCCGCCGCCCGUCCGCAUCCAGGACAUCAAGACGGAGAACGGCACGGCCUCGCCGCCGCAGGCCGUGUCCCCCCCCGGCGCCGCGCCGCCGCUCGGCGCCGUGCCCAAGAUCGAGAGCCCCGACAGCAGCAGCAGCCUCUCCAGCGGCGGCAGCCCCCGCAGCACCCUCCCCUCCAGCCGUUCCCUCAGCCUGGAGGCCCCCGAGCCCCCGCCGCCCCCACCGCCGCCGCCGCCGCCGCCCCACCACCACGGCCCGGGCUUCAGCGUGGACAACAUCAUGACCUCGCUGCGGGGCUCGCCGCAGGCCGCCGCCGAGCUGGGCGCCGGCCUCCUGGCCCCCGCCGCCGCCGCCCCGCGCACCGGCAUCCCGCCCGCCCUGUCCCUCGGGGGAUACUCGCCGGGACACAGCUCCGUCUACGGCUCGCCCUGCGGCCAGGCGGCCGCCGGAGCCGCCGCCGGCACCUACCACUGCAACAUGCAGGCCAUGAGCCUCUACGCGGCGGCGGGCGGCGCCGACCGGCCCGGCCACCUGCCCUCCGCGGCCGCCAGCCCCGCCGAGGACCCGCUGCCCGAGUACGCGAUGCCCUCGGGCGGCGGCGGCGGCGGCGGCGGCGGCGGUGGGGCGGGGGGCGGCGGCGGCGGGGCGCUGGGGCACGGCGGGCUGGGCGGCGCGGCGGGCGGCCACCAGGAGGGGCACCACCCGCACCCGCACCAGGGCCGCCUGGCCUCCUGGUACCUCAACCAGGCGGCGGCGGCGGCGGCGGCCGCGGCGGCCGCGGCGGGGGAGCUGGGCCCGCUGGCGGGCGCGGCGGGCUACGCGGGGCCGCAGCAGGGCUUCGCCGCCGCCCCGCGAGAGGUCUUCGAGGCGCCGCGGCUGGGGCUCAGCGCCUCGCCGGGCGGCGGCGGCGGCGGCGGCGGAGGAGGCAGCGGGGCAGGGGGCGGCGGCGGCGGCGGCGGGGCGGGGGGCGGCGGGAGCUGUCAGAUGGCCUUUCCCGGCAGCCAGCCGCUCUACCGCACCUCCGGGGCCUUCGUCUACGACUGCGGCAAGUUCUGAGCGCGCCCCGUCGCGGGGACACCGCGGGAACUCAGCUCCGCUCCGCACCGCGCCGCCGGCCCUCGCAGCGCCCGCGGAGGGAAGCGAGCGCAUCGCGAAAAGCUUUUGUACAGAGACAGCCCCAAAGCAUGUCUUGGUUUGUUAAAGGACAGUGUUACUCCAAUAACACUUUUCCUCAAAUCGGAAAAAAAUAUAUAUUACCAGGGUAGCAAAUGAGUGCUGCACAGACUGGCAUCUUGUCAUAUCAAGAAUCCUACCUUCUGGACAAUUUACUAUUGAGAACCUACUGUCAAUGGGGAUCACCUUCCCCUUUUGCAGCAGAAAGACACCCAGCACCAGGCCACCGCGAGGGACUGCUUGGUCUAGAAUCAGUUUUCACUUUCCCAUCCUUUUCCCAACUUGUUCUCCAAUAUAGACAGAGAAAUCAGAGAACGAAAAUGCUUCUCUGGAGCGUGCUACAGAGAAAGAUGCCAAAGAAAAGACCCUGAAGUCGAAGCUCCAAGUCCUCGGCAGAGACGUGUAAACUAAUAUUCAGAUGUAUCAGCAAGCCUGCUAGUGAAUCACUGUAAGCGCAAAAAUAGUUUGCUGCCAUACAAAAAUGCCUUGCCAUAAAAGCGCUAGAACACUUUUAAAAAUUAUUCUGUUCGCCACCAAAGACCCGCCACCCGCAGCCUGUGACCUCCUGGCAGAGGCGCUGAGGAGGGCGCAGCCCUCGGUGCAGCCGGGCAGAGGGAGCUCGCCCCUUCCCCUCCCCUCCGCCACCCGCCGCGGUCCCCGGGCGGGGGGGGCAGCGCUGAGCACGGGAGACCCGCUCGGCCGUGGCAGGGCGUGGGUGGCAGCCGCAGAGCACAGCCGCGGCCGUGCGGCCGCACACGCGUGAGUGCCCGAGGCGCAGGGGCGAGCGCGUCCUGCAGGGGCCGUGUAGCAGAUCCACGCGGUGUGAACGCUGCGGAAGAGCGCGGCUAAUGCAAGGACACGCACCCACGGGAGGGGGGAUUAGUGUUGUUUUACUCUUAAAAAAAAAAAAAAAAGGGAGGGGGCAACCCUGGAGUCACACUCGUUCGAGGAGAAAAAACACCCAAGGAGGCUUUUUAUAAAGGUACCCACGGGAGGUGAGUGGCAAUGUGUGCGUGAUGCCGUAGGGAGGUCCAGGCCUCCGGACUGAGUGUCUGCGACCUGCUCAGCGUUGGUCUGUGCUGGAAGAACCCCGAGGGUGCCGCGGAAACUGCGUGCGGGCUGGAGAGCCUCACACGCGUGGGGAGAUGCUUGGAGGGAGAGCAACAGGGACAUCCUUCUGUCUCCGCAGAUCCCUCUCCUCUCCGCCUUAGGGCUCGUACUCUGUGCACCUGUAGGAAGGGUCUCAAGCAGCGGCCGGGCUCCCACGUUUCCCUUUCCCCAUUCGAGCUUUGGAAGGAACAGCCCCGAAGGAAGCGGCUGCUCCGGUUGCCCGGGCGCGCUCCACUCCGCGCCGCGCAUUUCCCGCGGCACCUCCGGCAAAUGCCGCCCUUGGAGACCGGCGCACGGAGCACCCUCCCGGCUCCCCCUAGGCUGCUCUCGAGCUGCCUCCCGUCACCUGCAUAACUUCCAUCAUGGGACCGCUCCCGGGCAUAGCUACCCACCCCCCCAUCCUGCGAUUGGCCUCCUUUUAACAUGGAGGUCCCCCCUACACGAAGUUAAAAAGCAGGAGAUGCACUUUAAGAAAGUCCUGUGUGUCUCCCUCCUGUGAAUCUUGCUCUUUGCUCACUUCC